AUGGACAUGGCUUGCCUGAACCUCCUCUGCAUUAUCUUCACCACUUUCUACUCCACUGUUCUUGCCACCAAUGCUUCCAUUCGUAUAUACCCUUUCACUUGCUCUGCAUCUCAUCACAUCCGGAGCUGCAAUUCGGAGCUGUAUCACAUUUCUACAGGCUAUAAAAUUGAAGAAAUAGCCUCUUUUUACUCGGUAAAUGUAUCCAAGGUCAAGCCUGUGGCACGCAGUCAGACUCAAAAGGACUAUCUUGUGUCUGUCCCUUGCAGUUGUAAGGACAUUGAUGGCACCCAAAUGUACGUGUAUGAUACCAACCAUCAGGUUCAGCCAGGGGACACAUUUGAGAGUGUUUCAGGCGAGUUUUACAGCAGGCAAGCUUUGAAGGUGGAAGGCAAUAUGAGCACUAUACACCUUGUUUGUGGGUGUGUGAAGAAAAAGUCUCAGGUGGUUGUGACAUACACAGUACAAGAGCACGACACCUUGUCAGGAAUUGGAUACCUUCUUGGGGCAUAUCAGACUGAAAUUGAGAAGUAUAACAUAAACUUUACUGCAGAUCCAAGCUUUGUAGAUGUAGGUUGGGUUUUGUAUGUGCCAAAGGAGAAGAAUGGAAUUCGAGCUAAUAAGAAAGGAAGAAGACUCAAAGUGGCUAUACUCGUAGGUGUAUUGUCAUCUGUUUGUUUUGUUUCGGUGGCCGCCUUCAUUGUGUUCCUUAUCAUGAGAAAUAGGAGUUGUAGGAACCUUGAGGAUGAUGUGCACCUUGUGAACUCAAGAGUGAAGAAACGUUCAUCACUGAAGGAGCAGUUUUUUAAGAAGGAAAUGGAAGAAACUUUUGACAAUGAGAGACCAGUUAUAUAUACAAUGGAGCAAAUCAAAGAGGCUACAAAUAACUUCGAUGAUACCAGAAAGAUUGGGGAGGGUGGCUACGGUUGUGUUUACUUCGCCAUUUUAGGAGAAGCAGAAGUUGCUAUUAAAAAUAUGAGAUCUACCAGAACAAAAGAAUUUUUCGCGGAGCUCAAGGUGUUAUGCAGGAUACAUCAUAACAAUGUGGUGGAGCUGCUGGGGUAUGCUAGUGGAAGUGAACAUCUUUGUUUGGUCUAUGAGUUUGUUCACAAUGGAUCUCUCAAUGAUCAUCUUCAUGAUCCAUUGUUAAAAGGUCGGCAACCUCUUUCAUGGACUGCAAGAGCACAAAUAGCAUUGGAUACUGCCAGAGGGAUUGAGUACAUUCAUGAUCACACGAAGACGCGCUAUGUCCACCGUGAUAUAAAAACCAGUAAUAUUCUACUUGAUGAAGGACUCAGAGCCAAGGUAGCAGAUUUUGGGCUAGCAAGGUUAGUGGAACGGUCUAAUGAAGAAGAUAUUGUUGCAACUCGUGUAGUUGGAACACCCGGUUACAUUCCUCCCGAAUCGGUGCGUGAGCUACAAAUGACAUCGAAAAGUGAUGUAUAUGCAUUUGGAGUUGUUUUAGGAGAGCUAAUAACUGGUCAGCGUGCCAUUAUUCGUGACAACCGAGAGCCAAAAAGGAUGAGAUCACUUGUCUCAAUCUUAUAUGAAGUAUUCAAAGAUGAUGAUCCAGAGAUUGCUUUGAAAGAUAAAAUAGAUGGUAAUUUGAAUGGAAGCUACCCCAUGGAAGAAGUCUACAAGAUGGGAGAGAUAGCAAGGUGGUGUUCAAGUGAAGAUCCAGUAAACCGGCCAGAGAUGCGAGACAUUGUACAAUCACUCUCUCAUAUCUUAAUGUCCUCAGUAGAAUGGGAAGCAUCACUUGGAGGGAAGAGUGAGGUCUUCAGUGGGUUAUUUAGCGGAAGAUAA